CAUUAUUCCAGCUGGCCUGCUUGACAGCUGCAUCGCCCAUGCAUCAGGGCAUGCUCACUCACAUUAUCGCCCUCCAUCCAUGCAUGCAUGGUUCGCUGACACCGCCGCCGCCACCGCUGCCACCCACUGCCUCCUCCUGCCAACAUGAACGGCAGGUGCCAACGCUGGCCAGCGCCGCGCUCUCCAUCCUGCGCGGCUGCGUAGCUCCGUUCAUGCUGUCCAGGAGCGGCGACGCCAGCCUUACUCACAGGCGCGUGCUGCUGAACAACGUCGACGGCGUCUUGCGCCCGGGCCGCAUGUGCCUGAUGCUGGGGCCGCCGGGCAGCGGCAAGACGACCCUAAUGAAGACGCUGGCGGCGCAGCUGCACAAGACCUACAGCAGCUUGCGUUUCACGGGCAGCGUCACCUACAACGGCAAGACCCCCGGCACGGACUUUGUCGCCGAGCGCGCCGCCACUUACGUCAGCCAGCAAGACACGCACAUCGCCGAGAUGACGGUGGCGGAGACGCUGUCGUUCGCGAGCGAGAGCCUGGGCCCCGGCCUGAGCAAGCAGCUGUACGAUGUGAUGCGGGCGCGCGAGCUGGAGGCGGGCGUGGAGCCGGACCCCGACCUGGAGCGGCUGUGGGUGGCCACGUUCACACAGAGCCGCAAGAACGUGCUGGUCGAGAUGUUCGCCAAGCUGCUGGGAUUGGACCACGUCAUGGUGGGCAGCGUGAGGAGCCUAGGUAUCGCCGUCAAUAUAAAUGCAAUUCCAGAUGACACGGUGGUGGGCGAUGAGCUGCUCAAGGGCAUCAGCGGCGGCCAGAAGCGCCGAGUCACGGCCGGCGAGAUGGCGGUGGGGCUGGCCAGCGUCAUGUUCCUGGAUGAGAUCAGCACGGGGCUGGACAGCGCCUCAACGCUCAUCAUCACCAAGGCGCUGCGCAACCUGGCCGUGUACAUGAACGCCACCAUGCUGGUGUCGCUGCUGCAGCCCAGCCCCGAGGUGUACGACUGCUUUGACGACAUCAUGGUGCUGUCACACGGCCGCAUCGUGUUUCUGGGCCCGCGGGAGGAUGUGGUGCCUUUCUUCAGCCGGCUGGGGCUGCAGGUGCCGCCCACCAAGACCGUGCCCGACUUCCUGCAGGAGGUGACUGGCUGCCAUGACCAAGCCAAGUUUUGGGCGCCCAACCCGCUGUCUGACGGGCGGGAUGAGGAGGCGCCUGCAGCGGGAGCAGACACGGGCGCGACGGGCGGCGGCGGCUGGCGUUGGAUCACGCCGCGCCGCAUCAAGGAGGCCUUCAAGGCCUCACCUGUGGGGCAGGCGCUGCAGGCGCGGCUGGAGGGGCCGCCACACACCCACCCGCUGCAGGACAUGGUGCUGCACCAUGAGCCGUACGCCCAGAGCGCGUGGCAGAUGCUGGCGAGCACGCUGCGGCGCGAGGUGCUGCUGCUGCGCCGCAACAAGCUGUUCAUGCUGGCGGGAGCCGGGCAGAUCAUGUUUGUGGCCUUUAUCGUGAGCACCUCCUUCCCCAACCUGUCCAAGAGCACCUUUGCGGACGCCAACCUGUUCCUGUCAGUCAUCUUCUUCAGCGUCAUGGUCAUGUUCAUGGGCGGCUUCAACAGCGUGGACUCCUAUGUCAAAAAGCUGCCCGUGUUCUUCAAGCAGCGCGACCACCACUUUUACACCGCUGCCGCCUUCACGCUCAACGGGGCCGCGCUGCGCAUCCCCGAGCACCUCAUCAACGCCACCGUGUGGUCCAUCAUGGUCUACUUCUCGGUUGGCUUUUACCAGGACGCCGGCAGAUUCUUCAUUUUCUGGCUGAACCUGGUGGUGACUGGCGCAUUCAGCACGGCGCUGUUCCAGUGCCUGGGGGCGGUGUUCCGCAACGGCGUGUUGGCGCAGGGUAUGGGCGCGGUGGCGCUCAUGCUCAGCAUCGCCACCUCGGGCUUCCCCAUCGCGCGCACCUCCAUCCCCGGCUGGUGGAUCUGGCUGUACUGGCUGUCGCCCAUGGCCUGGACGGUCCGCUCCAUGUCCAUCAACGAGCUCACCUCGUCCGACUGGGAUGAGAGCUCCGCGCCCUGGGGUGGCUCCGAGCCGCUGGGCAUGUUCACGCUGUACUACCGCGGCUUCCAGCGCGAGUGGAAGUGGGUGUGGGUGGGCAUCGGCAUUGAGAUCCUCAUCACGCUGGCGCUCACGUGGGGCCAGAUGCUGGCGCUGGCGCACCUGCCACCCCCCACCGGCGCCAAGCCGCCGCCGAGCGAGGAGUGUCCGGACGAGAUGACGGAGGAGGAGAUGGAGCGCGGCAAGUUUACAACCGCACCCUCAAUCGGCAGCCCCCGGGUGGCCCCCUGCACCUCUUGCCCCGCCGCAAAGCUAAUGCAGCAAAUCAGUGGCGCAGCAGCCUCUGCAAGCAAUAGCAGGCCCGGUAGCGCGCAGCAGCAGAAGGCCCCCCUGGAGUUGCACGCGUCCUCCGCCAAGCAGCAUGUGGUUGUUGCCUCCACCAGCCCUGCUGCCGCUGGCACCGCUGGCAGCACCUCCGCCGACGGCGCCGCGGCGGGUGCCGGCGCCGGCGACGCUGUGGCAGUGCGUGUGGGCGGCGGCGAACUGCACUUCGAGUGCAUGUCACUCGUGUUCAAGCACGUCAACUACUUUGUUCCCAACCCCAAGAAGGGCAGCGGCGAGCGCGAGCUGCAGCUGCUGCGUGACGUGAGCGGCUGCUUCCGACCGGGCGUGCUGACGGCACUCAUGGGCGCCUCGGGAGCAGGCAAGACCACGCUGAUGGACGUGCUGGCUGGUCGCAAGACUGGCGGGCGCACGGACGGCGAGCAGCUGCUGAACGGGCACACCAAGGCCAUGUCCACUCUGAGCCGCGUGAUGGGCUACGUGGAGCAGUUCGAUGUCCACAACCCGCAGGCCACGGUGAUUGAGGCGCUGCUGUUCUCGGCCCGCAUGCGGCUGCCGGCGGGGCUGCUGCCCGACACAGCUGCGCUGCUGGGCUACGUGAGCGGCGUCAUGGAUGUGGUGGAGCUGCGCCCGCUCAUGAACUCAAUGGUGGGCUGGGCCGGCAGCGGCGGCCUGAGCACCGAGGCUCGCAAGCGGCUGACCAUUGCGGUGGAGCUGGUGGCCAACCCCUCCAUCGUGUUCAUGGAUGAGCCCACUUCCGGCCUGGACGCGCGCGCGGCGGCGCUGGUGAUGCGCGCGGUGCGCAACACCGUCAACACGGGCCGCACAGUGGUGUGCACCAUCCACCAGCCCAGCCGUGAGAUCUUUGAGGCGUUUGAUGAGCUGCUGCUGCUCAAGCCCGGCGGCCGCGUCAUCUUCAAUGGGCCGCUGGGCCAGGACCAGGCGAACCUCAUCCGCCACUUCGAGGCGCAGCGGGGUGUGCCCAAGUACGAGCCGCAGAUGAAUCCGGCCAACUGGAUGCUUGAUGUGUCGGCGCCGGCGGCGGAGCGCCGCAUGGGCGUGGACUUCGCAGACCUGUGGGCCAGCAGCGACCUGGCCAAGUCUAACGAGGCAUUCACACACGCCGCCGCCCAGCCGGUGCCGGGCUCCCAGCCGCUGGCCUUCUCCAGUCGCUACGCGGUGUCCAUGUGGACGCAGUUCCGGCUGCUCAUGCAUCGCGCGCUGGUGACGUACUGGCGCAACCCGCCCUACAACGUGCUGCGCUUCCUGGUCACCCUGGGCAUGGGCAUCAUGUUCGGCACCCUGUACUGGGACCGCGGCAACAAGAGGACCACGAUGCUGGGUGUGAUGGACAUCAUGGGUGCGCUCUACUCCACCACUGUGUUCAUGGGCAUCUCCAACUGCCUCACCAUCCUGCCCGUUAUCAAUGCCGACCGUGCCGUGUUCUACCGCGAGCGCGCCGCCGGCAUGUUCCACGUGCUCCCCUACGUGCUCAGCCAGGGCCUGGCCGAAAUGCCCUACCUGGCCGUGCAGUCCAUUCUGUACUCCAUCAUUGUGUACUUCCUGAUCCAAUUCGAGUUCACGGCCGUCAAGUUCUUCUGGUUCCUACUCUACUUCUGGCUCAACCUGAUGGCAUUCACCUUCUUCGGGGUGGCGGCCAUGAGCAUCCUGCCCGCCGUGCCGCUGGCCACCGCCGGCGCCUCCUUCGGGCUGCUGCUGUGGAAUUUGUACUGUGGGUUCCUGGUGUACAAGAAGGACAUCCACCCCUGGUGGAUUGGCGCCUACUAUGUCAACCCUGCGACCUACACCAUCUACGGCGUCGUCGCUACGCAACUGGGCGACCUGUAUGACGAGUACAUUCAAGUGGGCCCGGGCGUGGUCAUGAGCAUUCCGCAGUUCAUUGACGAGACCUUCGACUACAAGUACUCCUUCCGCGGCUGGCUGGUGCUGAUCUUGUUUGGCUUCGUGCUGGGCUUCCGCAUGAUUGCCUGCUUGGGGCUGAGCUUCCUGAACUUCCAGAAGCGCUGAUGCAUGAUGCAUGCAGCGAGUGCAAGGCGGAUCUCAAGACAGCAUGGUCCUUAUGCGUGGUGGGGCGACAUUGUGUAUCAAAAGCGCGGUGGCUGCUGCUGGGCUCCCUGAUGAGGUGCACGUUAGGCAUGUCACAAGCGUGUGUUAAAUAAGAAAACAAAAGCCCGCCCUUCGACGGCGCCGGUGUGUGUGUGUGUGUGUGUGUGUGUGUGUGUGUGUGUGUGUGUGUGUGUGUGUGUGUGUGUGUGUGUGUGUGUGUGUGUGUGUGUGUGUGUGUGUGUGUGUGUGUGUGUGUGUGUGUGUGUGUGUGUGUGUGUGUGUGUUAAAGGGAACCAGAAGUCCAGAACGAGUGCGUGCCCACCCGUACGUUGGGUCUUUACCAUACUUACUUGUGCGCUUGAAGGUGUCGCCUGAGAGUCUAUGUGCGUGUGUUAUUGCGCAAUCCUCUUAGUUACUGAGUAGUGCAGUGCAAGGCCUAGGGCAACUGGCAGGGGCACAUGGCAUGGUGCCUGCAUGCGUGGCUGCACGGGGGUACGGAGGCAUACGUAAGGUACAUGGCCGACUGGAGUAGGCAGCAGCAGCAGGCCCAAAUGCACUACUCGGAUGCGAACGGCGCCAGCUGUAUCAUUAAUUCACUUGACAGGGAGACUGCUGUCUUUAGGUGCGGUGUGUAAGCAUGUUAGCUG